AUGUGUUCUCAUUGUAAAUAUCCAAAUACCGGUUCCGGUUAUGCGUGGUGUCGUAAAUGUGAUCCAGGUCGAUUUAUAAAGGAAGGAAAGACAAGUGGAAACCCCAAAAUGGAUGAUUUGAUAAAGAAAAUUCACGAAUUAAAUUAUGUUCAUGGGGAUUUACAUAGUGGGAAUGUGCUUAUUUUUAAUGAUAGAUCGAAAAUUACAGAUUUGGGUCUUGCACGAUCUACAACCGAUAAAUCAAAUUCAAAUGUAAGUGGAGUACUUCCCUAUAUGGCCCCUGAAAUAAUAGAUAAAAAACCUUACACUACUUCAAGCGAUGUUUAUAGUUUCGGGAUUAUUAUGACAGAAAUAUCAACUGGAACGAUUUCUUAUGAGAAAAAUCAUUUUUCACUUGCAUUAGCAAUUAUUAAUGGACUGCGACCAAUAAUUGCUGAAGGAACCCCGGAUUGUUAUGUUGAUACAGUUAAAAAAUGUCUCGAUGCUAAUCCAAAAAAUAGACCUUCCGCAAAAGAUUUAAGUAAGAUAAUAAAAAAAUGGCGUAAAGAGUCUGUUCAGGAAUUUAAUAAUGCUGAUAAUGCUGAUAGUGCUGAUACAAAAACAACUUUACACCCUCUAGCAAGUUGUACUUUUGGUGUUUCUCGACAACGAAGAAAUAUUACAAAUUUUACGGGACUUCAAGUUGAAGUUCCUAACGCUAACGCUAAUAAAUGUAAAAACCUAAUCAUACAUCGAUAUGACAAGGUGAAGAAUAAUCAGUAUGGAAUAUGUCCUGAUUGUAAAAAAUCAAAUACCGGAGAAGCUUGGUGCGGUAAAUGUGAUCCAGUUUCAAAUGAGAAGAAAAGUCGUUCUAAUCCUAUUACGGUUGUACUUAAAAAGAUUAAAGGUUCAAAUAAUAUGUCAGAAAUUCUUAUAAAUGAGGAAUUUAUUAAUGCAGAUACAAUUGGUCCUCGAUACUCAUCUGGAAUGACGUUACAUCCUCAAGCAUAUUAUACAAGUCGUUCGUUACGUAUUCCGAACUUUUCUAAAUCAAAAAAUUUUUUGGAAGUGCAAUUUGAAAUAACUAAAGUCCUGCGACGAAAUGAAGACCAACAACAAAAUCCAUUCAACAUUUGUGGAUUAGAAAUGCUGGCAAUAUACAACGAACAAAUAUACCAAGGUCCACAAUAUAUUAUAACCUGGCUAAGUUGGAAAGACUGGAAUCAAGAGAUGCUGCUUAAUAAUUGGUGCCCCCAGCAGGAUAAUGAUCCUAAGCAUACGAAGCGUUUAGCUAAGGAAUUCCUGCUAGAAAUGUCCGAUCUGAAAAUUUAUGGGCGGUCGUUAAGAGGUAACGCAACCUCAAAAUGGUUUUGGGAUUUGGAGAGUGUUACGAAGGGAGAAUUCUCAGGAUAUUAUUAA